AUGUCGCACGCAACAAGGCAGCUCCGGAAGGCUGCGCGCAUCAUUCUGAUUGGCGCACCGGGAGUAGGAAAAGGCACACAGUCCGAGCGACUGCUAGCCCGAUUCCCACAGCUGGCUUCAAUCAGCUCGGGUGAUCUGUUGAGAGAGAAUGUGCGCCGACGCACUCCCCUUGGCCUGGAAGCUGAGGCCACAAUGCAGUCUGGCAACCUCGUCCCCGACUCGAUGAUUCUGAACUUGAUCUCCGAUGAUAUGAAAUCCAAAGGCUGGCUCCUCCCACCAAACAAAUCCACAUCAGCACCCCCGAAAUCUUCUUCUCCAGCCGAUACUGCCUCCUCGGCCUACUCAAUUGAUCCCUCUGCCUCGUUCAUCCUCGACGGGUUUCCCCGCACCGCGACACAGGCAACAAGCUUGGACAGCCUAGUGCCGGUUAACUUUGUCGUGCAGCUGGUCACUCCACCAUCCGUAAUCCUCGCCCGUAUUGCAUCGCGCUGGGUCCACGAGCCCUCAGGGCGAGUAUAUAAUACAGACUUCCACCCACCCAAGGUGCCGGGCAAAGACGAUGUCACCGGAGAGCCGCUAACGCAGCGAGAGGAUGAUUCGAUCGACACCUGGAAGCAGCGUCUACGAAAGUUUGAGGAGACGAGCAAAGCCCUCCUCGAGCACUAUGACCGUCGGCAGUGUCUCUUCCGUGUGGAGGGUAACAGCUCCGAUGAAAUCAGCCCAAAGCUGUUUGCUGAAGUCGAGCGGCAGUUUUGCUGA